AUGGCCACCAGCAACAAGUCUACUGCAGCUGCAGUUCUCCUGCUGCUCCUGGUCGCAGCUGCCACCGUUCUGCCGGCUUCGGCCAGUACCCUGACGGCGUUCUCGGGCCCGGGGUGCGCCGGGAGGACCAAGGACGUCAACGGCUGCGGGUGUUUCGACAUCAGCGGGUACCAGGGAGGGUACCACUUCGUGUUUACCGAGGGACAGGAGGCCACGCUGUACAAGGGGUCCUACUGCAGUGGAUCCUCCGUCUCCCUCUACAAAGAAACCCGCCGCUGCAAACCCAACUACUUUAAGAGCAUCUAUAUGAUCUGCUGA